UAUUCGCCUUUUUUCCUUUUUGUUUUUUUACUACCAGAUGCCCCUUUCUUUUUAUAAGUUACUGAUGGUUGCUAUUUCUGAUUUUUCACUUUCUUCUGUCUCUAUUGCUACUGAUGAUGCUUCAUCAAUUUCUGGACCAGAAAAAAUAGAAGGCCUCACCCACUCUAAACUUUCCACUGACUGAAGAGUUAAAAGCUUUUAAGCAGGCAAGACGAAAGAGUGGUAGAAACGGCAAAACUGCAGUUAAAGAGUUGUCAUACCCAAAUCGAGUUCUAUGGAUCUUUGCCCUCAUUUCACACAAGGACAUUGGCUUUACCUUUGCAUCAUUUUCGGAUGAGUAGAUUAAGUCAAGGGUGAAGUUGCAAGAAGUGAAAAAGCCAAUCGAAUUACCAAAGCUGGAAUUUCAGGAGACAAGAUAAGUUCCAUUGGAUGAGACAAGUUAAAGAGAUGGCUGUAGAAUUCGUCAAUGCCCUUAAUGCUGCUGCAGCUGCUGAGAGUGAAUGUGCUAAACUGAGGAGGCUGCUGGAGGAACAGAGAAAGCUUAUGCAAAGGCUUAAAGAAGAAAAAGAAGAAGAAGCACAAAUGGCCAGGAGAAAAAUUGAAAGGAUGAGUCAACGAUUAGCUGAGGCUCAAAAAGAUGUUGAGUACGCUUCGGCUAGAGCUGAUGUUGCUGAGAAUGAAUGGGUUAAGUUGAAGAGAGAAUUGCAAGAAGCUUUACAGUUUGUGGAAUUGCUAAAGCCAGAAAGUAAGGAGAUGACACAAAGUGUACUGAGACAGGUUGAUGACAAAGAACUAGAGUUAGCGAAUGCCAUUAAUGCUGCUUCAAUUGCGGAG